GUAACGCCGCCGCCGUAGCCCAGUUACUGUAGGUAGGGGAACAACACGAGACAGRCCGGACAUGUUAAAAUAGUCCGUACAGUGUAGGAUCUUGCCUGGCUUUUUCUUGAGUUUACGGAGGAGCAUUAAAUGAUGAAGAACUACACGUUUACAUCAGAACCAGUUUGUUGGAAAAUGACCGUCUGAAUCACGAAAACAGGAAGAAGAGAGAGAGAAAAAAAAAAUCUGUUGAGUGAUAGUAUUUCGAACCGGUCAGCUUCUUCUUCAGCCUGUGCGGGAGAAUGGCAGCUCCCCGACCGAUUAAAGGCAUACUAAAAAACAAGAAUAGCAGCAAGAACGUGAAAGUGCUGCCGGAAGAACACACAGAGCACGUCCCGGAAGGACUGUCUGAAGAUGACCACCAAAAGAAAUCCGCAAAAUGGGAUGAGAUGAACAUCCUGGCAACAUACCAUCCAGCCGACAAAGAUUACGGCCUGAUGAAGAUCGACGAACCCAACACUCCUUAUAACAGGAUGGUAGGGGAUGACGACGACGAGGGGGCACACAGUGACUCAGACGGCCAAAGUGGGCUCGCGGCUGAUGACCUGGCGUCAAAGUUAGUGGCAGCAGAGGGGGUGGAACCUCGCUUUAUGAAAGAAGAAGAAGAGGAAGUAGAAGAAGAGAGCAGUGAGGAGGAGGAAGAGGAGCUGACCCCAGAAGAACAAGCCAAAAAGAAGCAGUUUCAGGUGAUGAGGAAGAUGCACUAUAAUGAGGGCCUGAACAUAAAGCUAGCUCGCCAGCUAAUUGCUAGUGAGCUCGAGGAGGAUGAAGACGAAGACGAAGAGAUGAGGGAGGACACAGAGGAACUAAGGGAGGACACAGAGGAACUAAGGGAGGACACAGAGGAGACGGAGGAGAUCAGUGUUGACCCACCACAGGAAGUCGACUCCCUGGAUUCCUAGACGAGGGCUGUCUCCCUCCUUCAGCCUCGUGUCAACUCAGAAUCCUGAGACAUGCAGCAGACACCACCUCACCUCCCACAUAACAUCGUCUCUCAACAGCCAGUAACUUUCCGGUCACCAGUCUGCCCCCUGCCACUCAGUGCAAUACACCUUUCAAAAUCCGUUGGACGUCAGCUCUCAUGAAGACUGGUGCUGGUUCUCUCUCUCUCUCUCUCUCUCUCUCUCUGCCUCCUGUUGCCAAGAAUUUCCUCCUCACGCCUCGUCUGGACCGGCUUUGCACUGAAGAAUAUGUUAUUCUGACCCUGAAAGGAGGAUCACGGCCUUUAAACAAAAACAAGCAAACAAAAAUAAAACUUGAGGAACAGGAAAAGCCGCCUGACUGAACCAGCGCGUCAGUCCUGGAAGAAAGCCUGGGAAACCCCACGGCAUCUGAAGGACUGCUGAGACAUGAUGACUGUUUUUAAAGGCUGCACCUCGCAGUUUGUUCUCCUUUCUGACUGACCAUCCUGUUGUUUUCUUUCCAUCCCUGAUCAAAGUUUCAAACUAUUAUUUCUUUUAAAUCUCUUCUUACAUUGUUAAAACCAGUAAAUUCCUUAUUUGAUGACUCUUUUCAAGAGAGGUUAUUUCACUUUAGCGCAAGAGUUUUAAUCUAAUUAGGGAAGUAUACCAGCCUAAGGAGUAGUAUUGACUAAAUACUCAUUACUUGCCUUAUAACCAAUAAUAAUUUUUGUGAAUUGACUUGUGUCUGCUGCAGUUUGGUGGUUCUCAACUUUAACAGCAGAUGAAAUUAGGACGAGGGGAGCUGAACAAUGAUUUUUAUUGCUGAACCUGAAUCUUUUUUACUUCAGCCAAACGAAGUAUGUUUUAUUCUGAGUUUCUGAGGAUGAUUAAAAACAGUCAUUUCUGCUUGAAUUUUUUUAUUAGAGCCUUUGAAUGAGAUGACGUUGCAGAAAAAACGUUUGAGAACCACUUCCUGUGGUGUUUCAACGUGAUGCUCGACUUUAUAAAUGUACUUUUUUCCCCCUAAUGAGCAAUCAGCUCAGCCGACCCCAUUUCAAGUUUACAAACAUGCACAUCUCAUGAAAUCAGAAACGGAACUACUCGAAUAGUAACAUGUACUCACUCUGGUUUCAUUAAAGUACUACAGUUAUCUUUUGUUUUACAUGAUUACUGUUAAUAAAACACGACAGCACAAGCUGGUCAGGUUUUACUAACUUAAAGGUAAAGUCGCUGUAUUAAUUUGCAGUAUUUUAUUUGGAGGUACAGUAUUGAAGUAUAGCUGCUGAGGUUUUGACGCGUUACUGGUAAAACAGGACAAUUUCCUGUAGCUUUUACCAAGUAACAGCUUUAAAUAUCUGUAGGCACAAGAGUCCAGCACACUGCGCUUUUUCCUCAUAGAUCUGUACAUCACCAAACAAAUUUAGUAAAUUAUUAAUAAGAUGCUUUUUAUUUCUUUUGCUUCACUAUAUUUUAUUGCAACAAUGUCUAAUCUACUUAAAUGUCUUGCACAGUUCAGCUUGGGGACAUCGAGGAUGGAGAUGUUUUUUUGAUGCUACUGACUUAAAGAGGAUGAUGGUGGAGAAGUUAAACCACUAAAGUGUAUCAGAGGCAUUCAGGGAACUUUUGUACCAUUUCACAGUUUGGCCAGGUGUGAAAGUGUCGCUACAAAGUCUUAAAAAAAAAUACAAAAAAAAAAAAAAAAAAAAAGACUGAGGGGGCAUCCCUAAUAUUUCUCUUGACUGUGAGACUUGACUGCAAAUUGUACGACUUCACUUUUCAAGUGAAUAAAAAAAAACGGCAUGGUAUGAAAAGCAAACAGGAAGUACGUUUUGUCAUCUUUUUGUUUCCUUUGGCCCUUUAAUGCCUCACUGUGAUCUUUCAGCUUUGUGUUGUUGAAAUACAAAAGAUCCCAAUUUAUACCACAAACUCUGCCAACGACCGUUUUUAUUUCCUAUAGUUGAAAAUUUGACAUCGUUUUUCACAAUGUGAGGGGAAAAUAGGUUUUCACCAAUAAAAUGGACUGUUUAUUGAUAUGAGAAAAAUACAAGAAGUUAAUUAACUGUUUUUUUUCUUUUUACAAGAAAUUGAUAACUAUUGUAUUUUGCCUCAGUUGAUAAAUUUUAAAAAGACACUUGCAAUGAAGUUGAAGUGGUUUUUUUUCCCACCUUGAAAGAAAACAUGACUGACAUCACCUCACAGGUGGUUAUUACCCAUCAAAUGUGCCUCUACCGUAUUUAUGUAAAUGUGUGUUGAUCAAACAAGCUUCAUAUUCCCUUUUCUUUUUUGUUAAUUUUUUAUUGCCUUUGGUUUUGCAUCAGUUCUCCCCGCCUGUGUUUAGUUCAGUUUUGUUUUGUUUAAAGAUGACAGAUAUUUAAGCAGCCCUGCCACUCAGCUGUGUCUCAAAAAAUGAUGUGGAUGUCAGCCAUAUUUUAUUUUUCCUAUUUCCAGUUUGCACGUUCUUAAUCAUCAAACUGUGUGUACUGUUUUUGUUUUGUUUCUUCCUCCAUAUCAUUAAAUAGACAUUGUUAGAA